AUGAGUUUCUCCACUUCUUCCUAUGCCCCACUGAAAUCCCAGCGCCUCUUCUCCUAUGGCUCUCAGACAGUAGGAGGUGGCAGUUCUGCCAGUGUCUAUGCUGGGGCAGGAGGCUCAGGCUCCCGGAUCUCUGUGUCCAGGGUGUCUACAGUGGGCUCUGGAUUCGGUGGUGGCUCUGGAUUCGGUGGUGGCUCUGGAUUCAGUGGUGGCUCUGGAUUCGGUGGUGGCUCUGGUGCAGUAGCAUCUUCAGUGGGUCUCCUAAGAGGUGUCCAAAAUGAGAAGGAGACCAUGCAAGACCUCAAUGACCGGCUGGCAUCCUACCUGGACAGGGUGCGCAGCCUGGAAGCAGCCAAUCAAACUCUGGAGCUGCAGAUUCGUCAGCAUAUGGAAAAGAAGGGACCCACCAAGGACUGGGCUCCAUACUUCAAAACUUUGGAGGAACUGCGCAAACAGGUAUUUGAUAGAACUGUGGACAACUCUCAGCUCGUCCUGCAGAUCGACAAUGCCCGCCUUGCUGCUGAUGACUUCAGAGUAAAGUAUGAAUCAGAGUUGGCUAUCCGCCUGUCUGUUGAGACUGAUAUUGGAGGACUGCGCAGAGUCAUCGAUGACACCAACAUCUCCAGACUCAACUUGGAGAAUGAGAUUGAGUCUCUGAAGGAAGAACUGAUCUACCUGAAGAAGUCCCAUGAAGAUGACGUCCAUGAACUCCAUGCCCAGAUUGCUGGCUCUGCAGUAACCGUGGAGGUAGACGCUCCCAAAACACAAGACCUGGGCAAAAUCAUGGCAGAAAUCCGGGCACAGUAUGACACACUGGCACAGAAGAAUCGUGAAGAUGCAGAAAAAUGGUACCAGACAAAGGUAUGGAACUAUCCAAUAAAGAAAUGA